GGACCCGUGAGACGGGCCAAUUGUCGCGGAACUGUUGUCGUACGCUGCUGUGUUCAACCGGUUUUUCCGCACGCGAGUCCGUCGUCCGCGCAGUCGCCACUGUCACCGACACGACCGUUUUUCGAUUUUUUUCCCUCCGUUUUCGGCUGCCGCGUUUACCCUCUCACACGGAGCCACCGUUCCGAAUCCCCGGACGACGUCUUCUCGCCGCAGGUUUCGCGUUUCCCGGAGUCGUCCGCCACCGCGCGUUCUCACGUCCGGAACGCACCGAAAAACUGCACACGAGCAGAUUACAACUGUAUACUUGACAAAAGCAAAUAAUAUGAAUAAUAUGACGUACAAAUUGUCGUUCGCUCUAGCUGCAGCUGUGAUUAUGAUGGUUUCUUCCACGGUCGCAUAUCCGAACAAACCGUCGUUCCUCGGUUGCACGAGCUCAGAUGAUUGCGAGGUGGACGAGUGCUGUGUUUUAGGUAUGAUGAGGUACAGUGUGCCCGUUUGCAAACGACUAGGCGACGAGGGUGAGACGUGCCGUCCGCGCGGUGACGACGUGCCACAGAACACGACCGUGCACUACCCGGACGGGUCGUCCGCCCAACUGAACGUGCACAUGGUGGUGUGCCCGUGCGCCACGGGGCUGGAGUGCUCCGACGGGAUGGCGUGCAUCGGACUAGACGGGGCUGGUAAGCUAGUGCUCCGCGAAGAUUACACCGACGUGGACGAGCUAAACCAACUGCGACGACGACGAUGAGCUCAUCACACGCCGCAACGCCCUACCCACCUGUUUUUUUUUUUUUUUUUUUUGUAUGCGUUUACGAAACAAUCACGAACAACCCGUCGUGAGCAAACAUUAUGUACCGUAACCACCACCACAACCGUCACCGCCUCUACAUCACUACUGCCUUCUAUUCGUUUUACGUUCAUCACAUCUUAAUAUGAUUCGUAUUUUGUACGUUUUCACCCCCAAGACGAACCGUUCGAUUUCGUGCGAAACAUAUUUUCGUUACGCCACCCUUUCCUGUUUCCAUACCGCUCCAUAACGUCCUUCUAGGUUUUACCCCGAAAAGUUUGUCGUCUGAUUUCUUUUAAAAAAAUAAAAAUAAAUACAUUUUUCGAUCGGGUCGAACAAAACACGAAACCGAGUCGGACGGAAACACUAGUAACCUGUAUUAAUUACCGAUCCGAAUGAUCAAACGUGCUCUCAGCGGUUCGUGAUCGUACACGCUAAUCUUGUACGUUAAAUCGUUUUUAAGAGCAAAAAAUACCAAUAAUUUGUGUAAACUUUAGUUGUUGUACGUACCUACACGUCGCACUGCAGUAGCUAUCUGCAUUACAAUUCAAUUUAACUUAUACAAUUUUGUCAACCAUAGGCAAAAUAGGUAUUUGUUUUUUUUAAUUUUUUUUUUUUAUGUGAUAAUUUAUUUGUAUCUGAAGGUGAUUUUUCAUGAUGAGCUUGUUCGUCUAAUAUAUUAUUAUUAUUAUAAAAUAA